AUGUGCCUCCCACAAACACUGGCGACACAGCAGGUGGACACAAGCUCAAGGUCUCUGGCCAGCACGUGUCCGUAUCAGAUCAACAGCUUGCGCGGGCCGACGGACUUUGGCUCUUCAGCCCUCAACGUCAUUAGUCGGCCGUCUCGCGAGCUCAGCAACUCGACGAUGAUCACGCUUCCACAGGAAGACUCGACGCAAGAAGUGGACGUGCCCGGUGAGAUUGUCCACAUUCAGGCCGUGAAGAUGGCGCGUCGCUGUGGCUGCACUGUCUCUCUUGGCGAGCAGAAGCUGCUGUACACGCUCCGCAACGCGAGCUACUUCCGCUGCAUUUGGGUCACGCCCCGUGCCUUGCAGGACCACAUGGUGCACCAUUACGACCGCGAGAUCCGCUACCUCGUGAGCGACUGCAUGGACUUUGAGACCCCUGAGGCAGCCCAUCGGCCUAGUGCCAGUGCACCCGCCAGUGCUACUGGGGCCUUCUGGGUCGACGGCAUUGACUUUGACGAGAACGCCAAGACCCCGGGCACGCCUUUGACAGACUACAAGGAAAUCGCUGUUGUCGUGUGA